AUGAGCGUCCACAUUGAAGAAUUUAUGUCCUACACAUCGGCCACUCUGUUUGUAGGGAUUAUCUCGCCUACAGAGCAUCUAUCAGAAGAGCUCCGGGAAAUCGUUCAAUCGUUACCCAGAAGCAUCCGCAAGAAAGUUGUGGAAACAACAAUGGCCGGUUCUACGUCCCUAGUCAAGGCGUGUGUAAUUGGAAACCUCAAAAUCAUCGAAUAUCUUGUGAAGGUUUGUGGCGCUGACAUAGAACAGAAAAGCACCUGCCCGCGCCGGUGCAAGUUCAAUCCAAACAGCUAUACCCCUUUGGGUUGGGCUUGUAGAUACGGGAACUUUCACGUCCUCGAAUGUCUCAUCCAGCUGGGUGCGGAUAUAAACGGUGUGUCCGAUUGUGGUUCAACUCCGCUGUUAAUUGCAUGUCAGCGAAGGAAUGUUGAAAUUGUUAAAUAUUUGGUGCUGAAAGGUGCAGACGUUAGGAAGGCCAAAAAUGACGGUGAAACUUGUUUCUUUGCUUGGUUAAAAUCUUGUUCGUUUGAGCCCAACAAUCAAGAAGUGGAAAUAAUUCAACUGCUGUUGAAGCACGGAGCUGACCCGCUAGUAUCCUAUAAGGGAGAUGAUUCUCUCCGGUUUUUGUGCCGCAACGGCAACUACAAAAUAGCACUCUGCCUCAUGAACUUUUUCGAUUACUCGCCAGAAAGAAAGGCAGACACUUACGAGCUGAUGGGUGCUAUAAUAUAUUUUAGACACUACAAACGUUUGUUAGCAAUUCAAUGCUGGCGAAAGGCUCUAGACAUACGAAUGAACGCUGGAAAUUACAUUGCAAAGCGACCUGAGAAUCCACCUCAAUCCAUCUAUGGGGAUGCGCGGGAGUUUACAACCAUUAUCGAGCUGGAGGCAAUAACCUACGAUCUUGAUGCGAUAGGUAUCCAGAGUUUGAUGAUCUGCGAAAGGAUAUUAGGGAUUGACGACAACGACACGUUAUCGCACAUGACUCGCUUUGGUUUUUUCUACCAGAAAACCCAUCGUAUAGAUCAAAAAUUAUAG